AUGCGAAGUUUCCACCUUGUCGCUAUUUUCUUUAUGUCACAGCAGGUGCAACUGCAUCAUGCUAGAGCUCUGGCUGCUCUUUGCAAAGUCUACCUGGCUGUCAUGCAAAAGCCGCUUGUAGUUCGUUAUGUGAUUUUUGAUGCCGACAAAGCUCAACGCAACGCUGUGGACGAAGUAAUUGGAAGCGAUUACGUGAUAGUGCAUCUACUGUUCUUGUUUCAUGUCUCCAAAACAUUCUACGAAAAGGCUAACAGCUUGGAGGCAAGUCUCUAUGCUAAGGUCCUUCACGACGUCUACGACCUCCACUUCACUAUCUGCGGCUUCGAAAUUGGUAUCAUUCGCGGCAUAUUUCUCGGAAACGCGGCUGCAAGCCGCUUCUCGCAGUGGCAAACGUAUCACAGUCCGUCCGGUAUGGCUACCAUCAACAGUCCGGUGGAACAGUACAUCACCGUCCUCGAACAUGACGUCACUAUCCGCCGGAAACCCAAGGUGGUGGCGUUACUGGGUCAUCUGCUGGACUGGUGCCGCCUUGAAAACGCUCGUGCGGCGCCGUUUGUAAUGACAACCGUGGCUGAUCCUCGGCUUCAGCACCGAGCCCGUGAAAUAGAACAUCAGGGCUCUAUGUCUGGGCUCGUUGUGAGUUGA